CAGGACAUGAAGUAUGAAAGUAAUGCAAUGCUGACAAAGCCCCAUUCAUCUUGUGACGUCCUGGUGUUGUCGCCAGACGUUGACAAGGGGCCUUUACACUGCGCCGUCUGGCCAAACGACUGUCCCCACCGUCCCAGCUGGCUGAUGAUGGUUCUCGCUUCCAGACACGAGCUACCGCUACGUUUUUUCCGGCCGGAAGAAGGUGCAGGAACUGUCGCAAGCACACCCAUGGCAGGGCAGGUCGGCAUCGGCAUCGAAAAUCCGGCAUUGCAGCUGGAAGAGGACAAAGUGAACAACGGCGAGACCAAGCAGUCCACCGACCCCACGGCCCAACUCGACAUGAGAUGCGAUACUGAGGGUGUUGAGCAGCCCAACGACUCCCAUUUCCCGCAGACGAUGAUCAACGGAGUCCACCCUGCAUCGAGUCACAACGAUGUCAAACCAGAGCAGAACGGACACGAAGAGAUCGGUAGUUUCGAGACCUCGGAGAAGAAGGCCACGAACGUGCGUUGCGCUCGUAUAGCAGAGUUCUGCACACGAGUGAUCUCUCCUCUGGAGGUGGUGAACCACCCGCUGCCAGAGAGCGCCACACGCCUAGACCGCCUGAAGCGCUCCUUCUUCUGUCCCCCGUUCGGGCGCGUGGGCGCCUUCAUCCUGGUGCUGGCGGUGUUUUUGGUGUGGUGGGCCGUACUUAUCUCCAUCACCAACAGCAAGGCCUUGCCCGGCGGCAUAAUCUUCCCCAUGCUCAUGCUUUUUGUAUGCUGCUGGUGUGGCGGCUACGUCAUCAACCUCAUCAAACUUCCACCCCUCUUUGGUAUGCUGAUAAUGGGCGGUCUCCUGGGAAACGUACCAGGCAUCGACGUUGGUCGUCGCAUAGAUCCCACAUGGUCCUCCACGGCAAGGAGCAUCGCCCUGACAAUCAUCUUGACAAGAGCCGGCCUGGGGCUGGACCCCGCGGCCCUGAAGAAACUGUCGCUGAUGGUUCUGAGGCUGGCCUUCUGCCCCUCCAUUGUAGAAGUUGUGAUGGACAGUGUGGCCGCUCAUUUCUUCCUCGCCUUUCCAUGGCCCUGGGCAUUCAUGCUGGGGUUUGUCCUGGCCGUGGUGUCGCCAGCAGUCAUCGUGCCGUCCAUGCUGGGACUCUCUGACCGAGGGUACGGGCUGAAUAAAGGCAUCCCUACGCUGGUGGUGGCGGCUGUCAGCCUGGACGCUGUUAUGGCCAUCACAGGCUUCGGGGUCAUGCUCAGCGUCGCCUUCUCCACUGGUAACAUUGCAUGGACCCUGGUGCAAGGUCCGCUACAGAUCAUUGCGGGUCUUGCCGCCGGCUGCUUGGGAGGAGUUUUUCUGUGGUACAUUCCUCAGCGGUCUAGCAAACACCUUGUGCUGUUCCGCUCGGUGUUGUUGCUGGGUGGAGGACUGGUAGCUAUUUUUGGCAGCAAAUACGUGGGGUGGUCGGGCACUGGCCCCCUCGGUUGUCUUGCCAUCGCCUUUGUCUCGGGUCUUCGGUGGAGGAAGGAGUGUGGCAGAGGCCAGAAGACGCCAGUGGAGGAGGUCAUGGCCGUUCUGUGGAUGGUGUUCCAGCCUCUAUUGUUUGGGCUGAUCGGUGCCAAGGUGGAUCUGACGAAGCUUCAUCCCAGCACCGUGGGGUUGGGUGUCGCUGUGAUCGCCAUUGGCUUGACGUGUCGGGUCAUUGUCGCCUUUCUGACCACGCUAAACUCGGACCUCAUCCUUCGGGAACGUUUCUUUAUUCCGUUGUCCUGGAUUCCCAAGGCAACAGUACAGGCGGCGAUAGGCGGCAUUGCCUUGGAUACGGCGAUAGAGUUAAACGCGGGACAGGAAGCCAUCAAUCUAGGAAAACAGGUUCUGACACUGGCAGUGCUGGCCAUCGUGCUCACAGCUCCCAUCGGUUCGUUGCUUAUCGCGCUGCUGGGACCACGUCUGCUGCACAAAACAGAGCUGGGAGGUCAAAACAACAACAGCCAUCUCGACAAACAAGCAGACCAAGCGGUAGAGAGAAUGGAGAAUGGGAAAGUGAUUCACAUCAAACCGUCUGAUUCAUUGAAUAAUAAAUGACUUCCUUGCCCACGCUUCAUACUGACAGUUUCUGGCUCUGACAUAAGAAAAGUAAGAAGUGUGCUCGUGAACUCCAUGGCACGGUGAUUUUUGUCGUUGCCGACAAAUUAAGGGGACGAGAGAAGUACUUUUGAUUUUGGUGCUUGUGUGCGCCUUGUUAAUAGUCAUGUGGGUAGUUUUGCCGUUAACGCUGUUUCAAUGUGGCAUUUUUUAAUAAAAAUUAAUCAAUACCGUCACUUUUAAUGUUUUACUGUUAAUGCCGACAGUUUCAAAGCGGCAUGCUCUGUUCUUUUAUUCAUGUUAUCACGCCAAUUAAAAAACAUUUUUUGUUGUUUAUUUAAUUCAGUUUUAAUGUAGUUGGUUUAAUGUCAGUUUCAACUUGAUAUUUUAUGUUGUCAUUUUCAAAGCGCCAUUUUUUCAGUUGGUGCCACCAGUUUUUUGGAUUGUUUUUUUUUUUUUUUUGUUUUGAACGGCGUAAUUUAUUAAGGUCUACGCAGAUCUGCUUAUGGAAAAGAGAAUGUUUGAUUCAUUCAUUCAUGCCGUGUUUUCUGCUCUGUCUUGCCGACUAGUCCUCAAUGUUAUCAGCUAUAAAAAUACUCUUAUUUAGCACAUUUCGAAGCUAGUCGGUGGAGAAUCAGCCAUAUGUGUGUGUGUUUAUAUAUAUACACACAGAGAUAAGUGACUGGCUAUUGUGAUAAUCUGUAGCAAUUGUUCGUACAAUAUGUCGGUGGGUGGUGUGGUGGAAUAGGUGUUUUACACCACCAGCCAGUAACUAAGGCUAUAUCAAGGCAAGGCAGCUAGCCCUGUAAACAGAUGCCACAUGCAGAGAAAGAACAGCGUGCCCGAGACGAGAGCUGAACCCAGGACAGCCAACCAUCACUGUAUUUGGUGACAGGCGCUAACUGUCCGAAUCCUAUGUGUUUGUAAUGAUUUAUGUAAUGUAAUUUAUGUAAUGAUUGUAAGAGUGCUUAUUGAACCAUGUGCAUGUGAGCGAUCUUCCUUAAUGGGCUGUAGUCUACCGAAGAAACAAAGGAGGCCCUCGAAAGAUUACGUACAGAAUAACAGGUAAGUACCGUGUAAUAUAUCACUAUCUUUCACACAUACGGUAGCAUGCACGCCUGUUAAGGGAAAAACUGUGUUCAUUCGUCAAGAAAUAAUCUUUAGUGUCGGUACAAUGUGAGGUUUUGUUGGGCGUGUGUGGAGUGUGGGUGUCUGUUUACGGUCUAAGUAUGAAAUGGGGUUCGUGAACUUUCUCUAUUUCAAUGACGCAAGAAACAAGAGGCUUAAAAACAAUGUCAAAGAUACAAGGUCAGUUCCCGUUAUGGUGAGUCUGAGCACCUGAGGGUCAUGUUUACCAUCUUCGCUGACAUUAGUCAUGAACCAUAAGACCAGAGUGUAUGAGACGUGCGUAGUCAUGUGACAAGUGUCGAAACAUCUUGUUUACCCUGAUCUAGUUCCCCAAUCCUACAUGUCUGGGUGAUAAAUAUCAAACGUCAUCGAGGAAAGGAAAUACAGAAAAAGUUUGUUGAAAAUGGAUGAGAUUUCCAGUCUCCAUUGCCCAACCAGUGGCAUCAUGGAUUUCAUCAAUAAGAUUAGUUUUACUACUGUCAAUCAUGGGCUGUGACACAUCAUUUUCUUCUCCAGUUCUUGUCAACCAGGUGCUGUUGUUCAGUUCCUGAAGAGACAGCAAGCUGUCUUGGUCAAAUGCCAUUGUGAUGAUGCUUUUCCGCUGCUGAGGGUCAAAGUCUGGAGUCUGAUUGAGAAGUCUCUUUCCUGUGAUUACAAUGAGAACAGCCCCCAGUGGUGCUGUCAUGAGAAUAGACAGUACUGCUAGUGUCAGGAUCUAGAACAUACAAAGACAGAGAAAAUUGUAUUAGUUUAAACAAAACUAACUGCAUAUCAUUGAUCUCAACAGCUCUGGCAGUGAACAGGCUACUUGAGAGUACAAUAUCACAAAUAUCAUCUCUCUCUUAUUCUGAUACACUGAGAUGUACAUGCAGAAAAAUGGGGAUGCACUGGCUUUCUGCAUGCAAAACCGAGUAAACGGUCCUCAUUUUCAAAACCCCCAAAGCACACAAUAAAUCAAUUUUUCAGUACUCCACACAGAUUUCACUCAAAAAUCUUGGAUGUUUCCAGUUUGUAAGGUUAACACCCCCAGACUAAUUCUGUCCCAUAAACCUAUCUGAACUCCAAUACUGCCUCUACCUCUAAAUAAACUCCCUGCUUUCGCCCUCACCUCCUGCAAUCUUGGUUCCCAAUUUUUGUAAAGACAUAUGCACACGCAUGCAUUAAAUGGAAAAUCCAUAUAUCAGAUCUCCAAAAGCAAAAUGAUGGAAAGUCCCCAUUCCACCCACCCAUACGUGUGGGUUAUUUUCAAACUUGACUACUCCCCCUCUUGGCCAUAGAGCUAAAGGCUAAAAAGAAGUGAAAUAAAUGCCUUUUUCGCUCAAUUACUGAAAGCAGAGAAAUUAUGUCUUUAUGGUCCUUUUGUUGAAGCAAAAAUUAGUAGUCUAGCAUUAAAUGCAACAUCCAGUAUAUUUCCAUUCAUGCAGCAAAUUUAUGAAAUCCUGAUAUCUACAUGUAGGGCUUGUACAUUUAUUUUGUGUGCUAGCAUAUUUCCUUGAUGUGAUAUGGCUAAUAAAAUGCCAUCAAAUAAGUUCCCUACAACCAUGGUGCCUAUGACAAACUGCCUGAUAUUUUUUUCCUUGUAGCAGGUAUCUUAUAAAAAAAGCAGAGUGUGAUGAUGAUUGGUGGUGUGUGUGAGUGAAAGAGUGUGAUUAUGCAUGAAACCCAUCCACAAUCUAUGGACUGUCUCACCAAUCAGAGGCUGGUACAAGCCAGUUUGUAUUGUUUCUGUUCUUCAGCCAACACUUGCUAAAACAUGCUCCUAUUUCCCCUCUUUUCUUGUUCGCAGUCACAUUAGAGUAUCCAAACACAGGCAGGAAAUAGUGGCUUCAAGCAUGAGCACCAAAGGAAAGCACUAAACAGAGCUAAGAUUUAUAUGCUGCUGCUUCUGCUGAAGAUAUUUUGCAUGAUAUGCAGCAUCUGUGAUUGUUGAAAGCAGUGGGCAGUGAUUGUUCUGUAGCUCUAGAACUGUUUUUUUUUAUACACUGCUUUACUCUGCCAAUGUACUACCUUAAAAAUUGGCUCAUGGGUACAAAUGGGCACUUGUAAUGUGCCAGGGUGAAAUAAAGCAGGCACCCACAUUGUGAAAAGAGCAUAUCUGCGAUGAUGAUGUACUUGAAACAGUAUGCAAAGCAAAGAAGCACUAAUCUGACGACGCAGCAUUAUUAGCACAAAAAAACAGUAACACUCAUUGAAAGAACCACAUGGAGGUAUAAUAAAAGGGAGUUCAAUGGCCCUUUAACCAGC